ACACUCACUCACACUCACACACACACAUACACACCAGGCCCCGUCACGUCACGGCAUGGCUGACCCCUGCUGCUCAAGGACAUGUGUCAUUGCUGUGUCGGCCCUGUCCGUCAGCUCCAGCCACUGCGGUAGCCGGGCCUGCUCCCCAAGUGCCUGCACCAGCUCCUCCUGGAAGAGGGACGAUUGCCAGGAGGCCUACUGUGAGCCCUGCUGUGCCCCUGGCAGCUGCCAGCCCCGUGGCUGCGCCCCCGCCCCCGGCCUGACCCUCCUCUGCUCCCCGGCCAGCUGUGUGUGCAGCCCCUGCUGCCAGUCCAUCUGCACCAGCUGCUGCACGCCCUGCUGCUGCGCACAGUCUAGCUGCCAGCCCUGUGGCUGCACCGGCUCGCCCUGCCAGCAGGCCUGCUGUGUGCCUGUGUGCUGCAUGCUGGUGUGCUGUGAGCCCGUGUGCUGCAGGCCCGUGUGCUGCACGCCCGUGUGCGGUGGGGCUUCCUCCGGCUGCUGCCAGCCCUGCGGCUGCACCUGCCCGCCCUGCCCACCGUCCUCCAGCGUGUCCCUGCUGUGUAGGCCCGUGUGCAGGCCGGCCUGCGGGGUGCCCACCUCCUGCGGCUGCGCCCCCUGCUGCCAGCCCAGCUGCUGCCGCCCCGCGGCCUCCUGUGUCUCCCUGCUGUGCCGCCCCGCCUGCUCCCACCCAGCCUGCUGCCCCCACACAACCUGCUGCUGA